AUGAUGAAGGGCAUUGUGAUCCCAAAGUUGGUUAUACUAGCCAUGGCUCACCUAAUGCUGCAGCAAGGAGAGGCCGUCGUCUCUUGUGGCCAGGUGGACUCGAACUUAGCGCCUUGCGUUUCCUACCUGACCAAACGGGGUAAUCUUGACCCAGCUUGCUGCACAGGGGUGCAGAACAUCAAGAACCUCGCCCAAACCACAGCUGAUAAGCAGGCCGCUUGUGAAUGUUGUAAGGCAGCGGCAAACCGCUUCCCCAGUGUUGACGAAGUUACAGCUUCUACUCUCCCAGCAUCAGCUAAGAUGGAGGUGAUCAAGGGCAGGAAAUAA